UUUCGUGUAUAAAACGGAUUUCAUGUACGAAAAACCCAUUUAUUUUGAUGUAAAUUUCCAAGAAAAUUGACUUUCCGUCUACCUUUUUUGCAUGUUUCCUUUAUAUAUUAUUUAAUACAGUUAAUAAUUUUUACUGCAUAAUCAUUUUGUAGCACUCAUUUAUGAAGCAGUUUCUUCCAACAACAUUGAAAAGCCUGUGGAAAAAACCACAAAUUGGGAACGUUGUAGAUGUGUAUGGGUGGAUACGAUCGCUUCGGAAAUCCAAAAAUGUGUGUUUUGCUAUGGUCUCUGACGGCACGUGUCAACAGCCCAUUCAGGUGGUAGCCACUCCAGAGCAAGCUCAUUUAUUAUCUUACGGUGCUAGUGUCAAGGUCCAAGGAAAACUUGAAAUUUCUAAGAAAGCAGCUCUCGGAAAGCAACAGUACGAAUUAUUAGCUGAAAAGAUCGAUCUUUAUGGAAAAGUAAACAAUGACUAUCCAAUUCAAAAGAAAAAUUUGACGACAGAAUUUUUGAGGCAAUAUCCUCAUUUAAGAGUUCGCACUGCGAAACAAAAUGACAUGUUUCGUCUAAGGUCUGACACCUUGGAAGGAUUACGGUCUUUUUUAGCAAAGAACGAUUUUAUUGAAACCAAUCCCCCUCUUUUAACAUCUUCAGAUUGUGAGGGUGCUGGUGAAGUGUUCCUAGUCACCCCUCAUUCAAAAGAAAAUGACUUUGCUGGUAAUUCUAAUGUUUCAAACAAGGAUGAGCAAAAGUCUUUGUUUUUUGGAACGCCGACAUUUCUGACCGUCUCUACCCAGCUUCAUUUGGAAGCGUUGGCCCUUGGAAUGUCUCGGGCUUAUACGAUUACACCAGCUUUUCGAGCAGAGAAUAGUCAUACGAGUCGUCACUUGGCAGAAUUUUGGAUGCUUGAAGUUGAAAUUGCCUUUAUAGAAUCAUUGGACACCCUUACGGAUGUUGUAGAAGACCUUAUCAAAUAUCUGAUUCAAUAUCUUCAAGAAAAAGGACAUUAUCGGGAGCAUUGGAAUCAUGUAUUGAAACAGUGGCAUCGAAUAUCAUAUACAGAAGCAAUGGACGCUCUAAAAAAUUCAAGCAACGCUUGGCAUGAUCCUCCAGAAUGGGGCAAUGAUCUUAGCAGUGAACAUGAACGCUAUCUGACAGAUGCUUAUUUGAAGGGACCUGUAUUUGUGACCGAUUACCCUGCUUCUAUCAAGCCUUUUUACAUGAAGCCCAGCUCAAAUAACACUGUCGCAGCAAUGGAUUUAUUAGUCCCGCAAGUGGGAGAAUUAGUCGGUGGAUCCUUGCGGAAAGAUUCCAUUACUUCGGAGGAAGUGCCAAAGGGAUUAGAAUGGUAUUCUGAAAUGCUUCAACAAGCCAAUACCCCUCACGGUGGUUUUGGGCUUGGUAUUGAACGAUUGCUAGCGUUUCUAGAAGGUAAUGCAACAAACGUACGUGAAACCAUUCCUUUUCCACGCUCUUCCGGAUCAAUAUUUGCUUAAACUAAUCUCGCAACAAAUUACCUCACAAUGGAUGAGAGAAUUGAGCAACGUUUACCUUUUGCUGAGAUUUACCAAAUUCAUGAUUAAAUUGAAUGCUUAUUCUCGUCAAAAUUUCUAGAAAUGAUGAGGUCCUCCAGAAAGACAAAUUGACUGUAGAUUCCUUCAUAAGAGUCAUUAACGUUAUACAAUGUUGAAAUGUCUUUCGAAUCUAGAAUAUACGGAACUUCAAUUUUGGCCUUGUCACGUUAGUAAUUCUCACGGGUUAUGAGAACAAAUAUAGAUUGGAAGUAGUAACUACAGUUGUAGAAUUGUAUAUGUUAAUUGGACUCUGGUGUACUACGUACAUAGAAGCUAGGAAUGUCCAGGGAUCUGGUUAAGUGCUUCGAUGAUCUUAUUCAACCACACCAUUCAAAUAUAUAUCCUCGCUGAGACAGCUAAUGUAAUCUAUAUCUUUGUAUCUCUCACUGGUUUCCCU